AACCCGUUUCUGGUUUUUAGAUUUGACGUCUUCGCUUCGUUUACUUCAUUCAAGAAACCGAGCUCCCGCCGCCGGGUGAUUCGCUUUUCAUCACGACCGUCAUCGGAGGGUUUUUGUUUUGGUACUGCUUAUGUCGACGGAGUCAGAACGUAUUGAUUCGGUCUCAGACGUUAUUGAUGGCUCUAAUGCGUCGACGCUUGAGGUCAGAAAUGCUCAAAUGUCUGAAACCCUAGCUGGUCAAGCUCAGGAGCUGAUAGCGAAGCCUGAUGGAGAUGUGCAAGAAGGAAACGGCAGCUUAGCUUUAGAUGUUGAUGAUGGGUUGGAGAAAACAAAUGCUAUUACUGAUCUGGAGAAGCAAACGGAAUCUAUAAAUGGAGGGUUAGAUCUAGGCGUUGGAACCGAAAAUGUAGGUGGAGAGAGUAACGAAAGUGAGAAGAAGGUCCUAGUAGAUAGUGAAGAGGUAUUAAUGGUAGAGGGUGAAAAAGAUUCGGAUGGGAUCCAAACGGUACGUCAGGUUGAGAAGGAAGUGGAACCUGACAUGGUCUGUUCUCCUGGCGCUGAUCUCAGUGUUGUGAAGGUUUCUGAUGCCAGAUUGGAUAGUGAAGACCUUGUUGAGAUAAGAAAACCUGAUGGUUCAGAUAAGCAAGGAACAAAAGUUGAUGACUUGGAUGUUGUAUGCUUUAUGGGUUUAGAACCGCAUGAGAGCAAGGAUGAGAGUGUUUUGGUUGAUGAAAAGGCACCUGUUACUGCGAAGGUGAAGAUCUCUGACUCAGAUUUGGUUUGGGCUAAAGUAAGGAGCCAUCCAUGGUGGCCUGGACAGGUGUUUAAUGCUUCGGCUGCAACAGACAAAGCAAAGAAGCACUUCAAGAAAGGAAGUUUCUUAGUUACAUAUUUCGGAGAUUGCACCUUUGCUUGGAACGAUGCAUCACGGAUAAAGCCUUUUCGACAGCAUUUCUCCCAAAUGGCGAAGCAGAGUAGUCUACCCGAUUUUAUUGAUGCUAUGGAUUUUGCUUUAGAAGAGGUAUCAAGAAGGAUAGAGUUUGGUUUAGCUUGUUCUUGUAUCUCAGAGGAAGUCUAUGAGAAGAUCAAGAGUCAGAACAUAAUCAAUCCUGGAAUCCGAGAAGAUUCAAGCUCAAUACACGGUGGAGACAAGGUCUCAAGUGCAAUCUUCUUUGAACCUGCAAACCUUGUGGAAUAUGUGAAGCGUUUAGCACGCUCUCCUAGCUAUGAUGCUACUGAUGCGCUGCAGCUUGUGAGUCAGAGAGCACAAUUAUUAGCUUAUAAUCGCUGGAAAGGCUAUACUGAACUCCCGGAGUUUGAGACACUUCAGGGCUCAGUAGAGUCUGCUCCCAAAAUUUCUCUUGCAGAAGAUAAAAGUGGCUUAGUGAAAGUUUCUGAUCCUGAAUUGAAAAAGAGUAAACAAGUUUAUACUAAAAGGAGAAAGACAGAAGACCAAGAUGACUCUAAACACGAUGGAGUGUUUGAAUAUGAAGAUACUACAGUUCCAAAGAAAAAGGAGAAAACUUUGGCAGAGUUCAUUGCUGAGAAACGCUUAAGCAGACAUAAAGGGAACAUAUCACAAGAAAAUUCUGGGGAAAUUCCGAAUUGUGAAAAGAAACGCAAGGUUGUGCUUUCAAAACUUCCCAAGUCCACAAAGAAGAUCAAGGCGAACCUGGAAACAGAGGAUCCUGGAUCUCCCAUUCCUCCCGAAAGUGAUCGAAAAAAUAGUUCGUCUGCAAGUGAUAAGAUUACACCAGGGAAAGCUAGAAAAAGUUUUGGAAUUGGGGCAAGCAUAUUGAAAGUAGCAAACCAGAUGCACAGUUCAACACCUACCAGACUCUUACCUUGCAGUGAUUCGGCCUCCAAAAAAGCAGCCAAAAGCAAUGGUAGUGGAAAAGGUCUCCAGGAGAAGCCUAAAGCCAAAACAUUAUCUAAAAGAGAUAAUUCUCCUUUAACCAAUGAAAAGCUUUCAAGCCCUCAGGCUGCUUCUGUUACCAAAACCCCAAGUGCGAAAUCCAAUUCCAUCAGCAUCGACCAUCAACUAUCUGGAGAACUUGAACAGGUCAUAAAAGAAGCACCUAGUACUACCCUUGUGAAGGACCCGAUGUUGGAGUCGAGGGACUUGAAAGACUCUUCUAAAGAGCAAAUGGGAAAUGAGGAUAGGAAUGAAGCUGCAGAUAUCGCGGAUGAGAUUAUCAUAGAGGACAGCAAUCUAACUGGGGAGAAUAACAGCGGUUCGGACUUGAAAGAUCAGCCUAGUGAGAAGAACUGCUCUGAUGGAUCUGAUAGUUGCAAAAAUGGUUUUGCAGAGUAGGGAUGCUCAGCAUCAGCGUCUAACCCACUAAUACUGAUCAAGAGAGGAAUAUGACUUGGCAAUUGGCAUCUUCUCUUUCAAAGUUUAGGAUUGUGUGAAUUUUAUCAGGGUAGAACAAACACUUUUGUAUGAGAGAAAAAGUUUGUUCCAAAGUUAUUUUUGUUUGCAGACUUGACAUUUACUACUGGUAAAGAUUUCAAUUAAAGAAUUCAGUUGCAUAUAA